AUGAGAAACCAAACUCAUUCCAAUCGUAAGGAUGGUUAUACAACGGAACAAAAAAUAAAUGUGUCAACGUCAGAUUUGAACAUUACGAUACGCGCGUAUCAUUUACUCACCACCAAUGGCAAAAACAUCGUGCAUCUUAUAAGCCCUCCAAUGGUGUGCUUAUUACUCGUUCAUUUUAUAAUUAUAAUAACAGAAAUAUUCUACGUUUAUACAUCAAUCGUACAAGAUAUUAACAGUGGCAUUAAUGUGCCCGUUGCAGCAUACAUGACCUCUAUACUGUUUGCUGCCUUCGAAGCAGUUCAAUUCUACUACAUUGUGUCGGCUUGCUCUGAUAUUACAGCACAGGCUCAAGAAACUGGUAUUCUAUUGAACGAAUUCCACCAAACAGAUUCAAGCGUUAAAGUCGAAAGAAUUAUUGAAUCGUUUACUAUCGAGCUGUUGCAUCAGGAUUUCGAAAUUAGCAACUGUGGUUUGUACACCGUAGAUUACUCUUUAAUGUUUUCAAUGAUUGCAACGAUAAUGAGCUACUUAAUCGUGCUCGUACAAUUUCAACUGGCUGAAAUUUAG